AUGAGCGACACCACACCCACCGACGAGGUGAUCUCGGUGUCGUCGCCGGCAUCGCAAAACGACACUCCGCCAGCUUCAAAGCCUACUGUGACGCUCUAUAACAUCCUCUAUUCCCUCGUUUCCCUGUGGACUAUAUUUGUUCUCCCGAACGUCAUCUCAAGUGGAUUCCCGGCGCUCUUGAACAUACCGGUGUCGACGUACGUCCAGCAUGAUUGCGACGUGUCGUCACCCUCCCCAGCGGCGUCGCUGUCGCCACCAAUACCACCGUCUCCGUGGCCGUCUCCAAUCCGCGCGUAUAAUCCUGGGUCCCAACAGCUCGACAAAUCUCCCGAUUACGAAUUCGGCGACAUUGAGGAGCGGGGGUGCGCUGUGUCUAUUGAAAGCGCAUCACAAGAAUGUCAGAUGAAAAGCAAAAAACCUAGGGACCUGAGGGGCCAUGAUACCUCUCAGCCCAUACAUGACAAGCUCGAGGAGUUGAAGAACUUGGGGCGAAACCCUGACAUCCUGAAGCGCGCUCUGGAAUCUGGUAACUCCCUGGAAUCCAAUGACGCCGUCGAAUCCAAACACCCAGCCGAGCCUGUCAAGCCCUCCAAGACCACUGAGAAAGUCGAAUCAACGGCCCGGAAGAUCAAGCUGUUACAACUCGGGCACAAGGUCAAGAAGCACUUCGAAAUUGGCUUCACUCGGCUAAAAUUCCUUGCGUCCCUCCUCGACAAUCAAAUCGCCCGUCUGGAAUUUUGGAUGAAGCUCAAGACAUUUGGAAGAUUUGCAGAGCCGGCUAAGGGGAUAGGCGCAUCCGAGGUAGGCCCUGAAGCCUUUAAGGAAGCUUCUGAUCUCCAGGACAAGCCUCAAGAAUCCGUCGUCCAGAGUGAGAGUGGCAAGGCCUCGACUGAAGUCUCCCCCGACGAGCCGACCAAAGCAGACUUCCAAGCAACCCGUGUCUCCACAGAUUGGAUCGAUAGCUUUAGAGAGUUCUUUGAAAAGGAUUCACGCCAGCCCCAAGAGGACCGCCCCGCCGAGAAGAGCAGCACUUCUGACCACGUCUCCAUUCCAGCAUCUUUCCAUGGCCUGCCCGAGGAGACAAACCAGGCGGACAAGAACGAGUUUCCAACAGGUCAGGAUGGUGUCCUGGCAGGUCAGGCCGAAGAUAAUGUCUACAAGAGCUGUGCAACGCUCACCAAAGCGACGGUCACCAAAGCGUGGGUACGCCUCGGGACAUAUGCGCUGAGCACUCGCGCCCAGAUCCGUGACUCUGUCCACCCAUCAGGAUCCGCGACAACGCUUAGUAUCUUCAUUCUCUUGGCCGCCCGCAUCUUCCACACCAUCGAAGUCUCCCUCGUAUCAGCAAUCGUAACGCUUUACAUCGCCAUCCUCUAUCACGCCUCCGAGACCUUAGCAGAAGACAGCCCACUCCCCGAGAUCCUCGCCAUCCUAUUCCUGCGGAACUCGCGGUGGCCGGUCUGUAUACCGUUUUCACCAUACUUACUUAUAGCUCUCCUUUUGCUUCUGUCCCGCGACAGCCCCUUCGAUUCCGCCGCCUCUGCGGCCGCUGCGUAUGCCUCCUUCCUCGACUCCAUCAUGAGCGCCGCCCGCGAAGCUGUCCACAAUGUGCGUCAGCGCGACAUCGCAGACACGGUGGAAGACACGCUCGAGAACAUCGGCUUCGCCAUCAACGAUCUCACACGGGCGUUUGUCACGGACCUGUUCAUCCACCUCCCCGCUUUCGUCCUCGCCCGGCUAGCGUUCUACGCCGACCUCCUCUCCUCCGCCGCCGAUGUCAUCGCCAAUUGCGCACGAGACGGGGGGAAAGCGUACGCGGAGCGCUCGGUUCUUUUUCCGUUUCUCAAGCGCUGUUUCGACGGGGCGUGGUCGGCAGGCAUUCACGUCGCUGAUCUAGCGAUUGAAGCGAGCGGCUGGGUUAAAGACUGGCUUCGCGCCUGCGUUGGGACACUCACGAUCAGCAUAGAGGAUUCUCGUACGAGGGAGAUUGAUCGGCGGCGGGACGCGAAGAAGAGCCAAGAAAGCUGGAGGAAGAUCCGGGAGGCGAAGGAGCGUGGGAAGGCAGAGAGGGAGAAGAUGGAUGGCGAGGACUGGGUGGUUCACAGCCUAGAAACGGUGAUGGAGGAGGACGAGGACGAGGGGUUCGUGAAGGCGUAG